AAUCAAACCAACUUCAUCUCCCAUUUCUCAAAAAAAAAAAAAAAAAAAAAAUCUUGCUUCUUCUCUACAAUUACACCAACCAAGAAGUACUAAGAAAUCAGAACAAGAUCAAAAAAAUGGAAAGCAAUCAAGAAUCUUUCUGGCAAUUCAGUGAUCAACUAAGACUGCAUAACUCAAGCUUUGCGAAUCUCAGCAUCAAUGAUUCAAUAUGGGGAUCAUCUCUCAAUUCAAAGAAGCCUGAAGAGAGGAGAAACUUCGAUAUCAGAGUUGGUGGAAAUCGAAAUGAUUCUACCUUUCCUUCUUCUAACAAGAAUAUUGAUUACAGUAAUAAUACUAAACAAGUGCAGCAGCAGCAGAAAAAUGGGGCGGGGUCUGAUUAUCUGAAUGGAUUCAAUGAUGCUUGGAAAAUUGCGAGUAAGUUUGGUGGAAUUGGCGAUGGAGGAUCAUCGUUGAUGCAGAAGAAUAUGAAUUUUAAUGUUAAUGGAGGGUUUAACAAAGGUGUUUAUUCGAAGACUGACAAUUUCAAACAGAGUAAUACGAAAAUUGUUAACAACAACAGCAAUCACAAGAAGAAUGAAGAAGUUUAUGAAGGAAAAUUCGGAAAGAAAAACAACAAUAACAACAGUAACAGUAACAACAACAACAAUAAUAAUAAGAACAGUGUCGAUAAGAGAUUCAAGACACUUCCUGCAGCAGAAUCUCUUCCUAGGAAUGAAACAGUUGGUGGGUAUAUCUUUGUCUGCAACAACGAUACCAUGCAAGAGAAUUUACAAAGGCAGCUUUUCGGUCUUCCUCCAAGAUAUAGAGACUCAGUCAGAGCAAUCACACCUGGACUGCCUCUUUUUCUUUACAACUACUCUACCCACCAACUCCAUGGAAUUUUUGAAGCUUCAAGUUUUGGAGGAACAAACAUUGAUCCAACAGCCUGGGAAGACAAAAAAUGUCAGGGAGAAUCUCGUUUCCCUGCUCAGGUACGGGUUCUUCUGAGGAAAAUAUGUGAGCCACUAGAGGAAGACUCAUUCAGGCCAGUCCUUCACCAUUACGACGGACCCAAAUUCCGUCUUGAACUCAACAUACCAGAGGCAUUAGCUCUCUUGGACAUAUUUUCCGAGAACAAUCCUUGAAUGUCAGAGAAGAUUAUUAUACAAGUAUAAAAACUAGAUUAGAUGAUGAACUACAGAACUAAGGCGUACGUUCUAUACAAUUUUCUACCCUUUUUUGAAUCUCUUGAUGCGAUAAUAGUAAUUUGAAAUUACGAAGAUGAAAAUCUCCCUAUGUAAAUUAUUUGGAUGGUUUAUAUAUAUUUGAGAUUUCAAUAUACCAAGAUAUUAUGGUAGAUUAUCUCUGGAAUUCCAAAUCAUGCAAAUGUUUUCGUUUAA